AUUAUUAUCUUCUUUGCCUCUUUUUGUUCCAUCUCCCUGGCCAUCCUCACCCCCUGUCUGUUCUGCCUCUCAUCAACGCCUUCCCCUGAAUUAAAUCAUGACAUAAUCCGAAGGCCCGGUGCUACCUCCCUGCUCCCUUGUGUUGAUAGACAUCCUCAAGGCAGCCAGAAGUGAACAGCCCAACCGAUGGCGCGCAGCCGUCCCGCCACAACGGGCUACGAGCGUCUCGCCCAAGCCGAACAAUUCAGUGACGACUCGGACGACGAUUUGCUCGCAUACAGCACCACCUCCCUACAACCGGCCUCGGUCUCGGCCGCGCAGCAUGCCUCGACCUCCCAGCCGCGCCCGCAUUCGGGCAUGACGAGCCCCAAGGCCGCCUCCGCCGCCCUCCGGUCCAACCACAGGAACCGGCGGCGCGUGCGCAGCAACUCUGGCGUCGACCUGAAGGCCAUCAACGCCCGCCUCGAGCGGUGGGCCGACGAGAUCGCCAGCAAAUUCAAGCGCGGGAAGGGCAAGAAAACCGGGGAGGAGGAACAGCUCGAGAUCCACCACUCGGUAUUCCAGGCGCCCGAGGGAGUCCGGCCUGCCACUGCUGAGACGCUUGCUACGCCGGAGCCGGGUUACAUGACCAAGGCCGAGUUCGAAGUCAUCGUGGACAGUGUCAGGAUAGCAAUCGAGCAGGGCGUACAUCCUAGGAUGAUUUCUCAGGGCAGCUCAGGGAGCUACUUUGCGAGGAGUCCGGAAGGCAAGGUUGUUGGAGUAUUCAAGCCCAAGGACGAAGAGCCGUAUGCGGCGGGCAAUCCGAAGUGGAACAAGUGGAUUCACAGGAAUCUAUUUCCCUGCUGCUUUGGCCGAGCUUGCCUGAUUCCGAACCUUUCAUACGUGAGCGAGGCCGCAGCUUACGUCCUCGAUGCCCAACUACGUACGCACAUGGUCCCCUACACGGACAUCGUGAACCUCUCCUCGAAAUCUUUCCACUACCCCUUCUGGGACCGCUAUAACUACUCGAGGAAUAAGAAGCCCCUACCCGCAAAGCCCGGCAGUUUCCAAGUGUUCCUAAAGGGCUUCAAGGACGCCAACCUUUUUUUGCGGGAACAUCCCUGGCCAGACCAGUACCUGUCAGGUUUUCGAACGAACGACCCACACCGGAAACGAAAGAGGAGGUGGGCAGAUAACUGCAGACCAACUAGGGCGCGAGCAGACGACGACGGAGACAGCGACGACUGUCAAGACAGCCCCCAAUCACAGACGCCCGGGCCGGGCAACUUCCUGUGGACAGAAUCACUAAAACAAUCGUUCCGGGAGGAGUUGGAGAAGUUGGUCAUCCUGGACUACAUCAUGCGGAAUACAGACCGAGGGUUGGACAAUUGGAUGAUCAAGGUUGACUGGCAGACCCAGGAGGUAUCCAUUGCAUCCGAGCCGAUGUACUUGAACGUGGACGAGCCGAACGUUGAGCUAGGCCCACGACCCGUCGACUUGUCGCAGAGGUCGUCACCCACCCCCCGCGCUUCCUAUCCCUAUAGGACGCAGAAGCCGAUGGACGCAUCAACACCCGUGCCAAGCACUCCGGACCCGAAGAUCACAAUUGGGGCUAUCGACAACUCCCUGUCUUGGCCCUGGAAGCAUCCGGAUGCCUGGAGAAGCUUUCCCUUCGGCUGGCUUUUCCUCCCCGUCGACUUGAUCGGCCGGCCCUUCUCCCAGAAGACCCGUGACCACUUCCUCCCACUCCUGACGUCCACCCAGUGGUGGAGCCAGACCCAGAUGGCGCUCCGCAGAGUAUUCCAGGUCGAUCCGGACUUCCAAGAGCGCAUGUUCGCCCGCCAGAUGGCCGUCAUGAAGGGCCAGGCAUGGAACGUCGUCGAGACGCUCAAGACGCCAGACCAUGGACCCCUCGAGCUCACAAGGCGGGCCAAGGUCUGCGUGUGGGACGACCUGGUCGACGUGCCGGUCGCCGUGCCCAUGAGGGUCACCAGCGCCGAGAUACGCCGCCGCACCGAGUUGGCCUUUGCCAGGAGCGGCGCCAUCGACGAGGAGAUGGACAUCGGCGCCUCCAACGCGUCCACCAGCGCGCCCGUCGCGGACCUCCUUGGCCUGGCCAGCCCGCCCGCCGAGCUCCCGCACCCUGGCCGCUUCGAGCUCUCCGACUCGGGCUCCAUAACAGUAGCAGCAGCAGCAGCAGCAGGCGUGGCUGGAGACGAAGUCGCGGCCGCGCAGUCGCCAGAGUCGUCGAUACAGAACUCGAUGAUGCUGAACGGGUCACCCCACGGCGGCGCAGGCGGAGGCAGCAGCGGCAACAGCAACAGCAGCGGCAGCAAGAAGGUCACCCGGCAGGCGCUCCCGCGCGCCAGCCUCAGCUACGGGGCCCCGCCGCGCAGCCUGAACAUGUACGCGCCGGAGCGGACGCGCGAGCACCAGCGGCGGUUCUCGUUCGCGACGGCGACGGCGCGGCGGAGCAGCAACAGCAUCGCGCAGCAGCUCUACGGGCCGGGUGGCGGCGGCACAGCGGGGGGCGGCCGGCGGUACAGCCACGACUUUGGCGACCACGAUGACGACGACGAGCUCGAGGGGGACCUCGGCUACGCCGCCGCGGAGGGCAUGGAGGGCAACCGGCGCAAAGUCAUCGUCGAGAGGCUGGAGGCGGUCAAGAGCAAGAACCCUGUGUUUACGUGGUGCUGAGACGACGAUCUCCUUCCCAAACUGUACUUUUAGCUCUUAGAUUUCCCCUAUUUCCUCCCCCUAUUCUUUUUUUUCUUUUUCUUUUCUUAUUUUGUCUUCAGGUUGCAACUACAGGGCUGAUAUACGCGCAGGGGGGCGCCUGCGUUGUAUGUUUGCGUCGCGUAUGGGUGCGCGUGAGUGGUGUGUGGGAUUGGGGAAAGGGGCAG